AAUUUAUCAACCCUUAGCAACUCCAUCUGCGAGUGACCGCGCGCCGCCCCUCCCUGCUCGAGCACACACAUAGACUGAACGAUCCGCCAUGGAUCGCGCAAGGAGGCGCGAGCUCCGGGAGCUCAACCAGAGGGCAUGGGAUGGCGAGAAAGAUAUCUUUCCCGUCGCCGCGUCCCUUGACUCUACUCUGAAGAAGAACACGGCCUUCAUGAAGCGUCUCCGCACCGCCAUCACCCCCGCCACUCUCAACACCUUCCUCCAAGAAAUACGAACCGUUAGCUUGUCCAAGUACCUCUCGGAGAUUAUCUCGGCAUGCUACGAAGGACUGUGCAAGCUCAAGUCCCCCGGAGAGGUCGAGGCCGGCGUGGAAAUCGUCAGCGCUUUGCACCAGCGUUUUGGCCCUACGGACUUUACCGAAUACCUCGGAUGGCUUCUCGGCAAAGGCAUGGCCACCCCCGACAAAGGUGCCCUCAAGGCACUCCCUGUAGAACUGAGGGAGAAAGAAGAAAAGGAACGUUUGGUCCGGCAGCGGGUUCUUCUUCGAGUUGUUACCGAACUGUGGCUUGUAGGCAUCCUCCGGACCCUCGAUGAUGUCUCGCGUCCCGAUGACGCUACGAAGGGAGCCACCGGGAAGGUGGCCGACUUAAAGCCCCGAGGCUCCACGAAAGGGGGCGGUGCCGAGCCUUUUCCUCUAGAGGUUCUCAAAGACCUCCUUAGCCACGAUCGGGAGCAUGCAAACCUUCCUCUCCUCGUCAUUUUUGUCAAGGCCUUCGGUUGGGAUGUGUUGGGAGUCAAGGCGGCUGGGUCCGAAGGCCGAAGAACUGUCGAAGAAGAUGGUGUUACCAGCGGUUCUAGCGAGGUCGAGACCCGCGAGGAUGCUGCCACCGUCACUUCGGAAGAGGCUCCGUUCACUUCGCCCGAGCUGCAGGAGCGCUUCAGAAACAUUCUAAAGCGAUAUUUCGAGGACAUCAAGAGUCACCUUGUUCGAGACCAGAAGGCUAUCUUCAACCAGUCUCGCAAAAAUGCAGAGGCCUACGUUAAAUCAGGCGAAGUGUUUGAAGACCGACAGUCAAACUUCGAGAAACAGGUGAAGGCCCAAGAACGCCUAGUCGCCAACGCCCAAGUCAUUGCCGAUAUAAUUGGCGCAGAAAUGCCAGACUUGAAGGACACGGACGAUCCUGCCGCAUCAGCGAACGGCUCCAUUGGUAUUGUCAAGGCAGGCGAGUAUCUCCGUGGGCAGGGCGAAGGUUCUGGCAUAUGGGAGGAUGAAGAGGAACGCCGCUUCUACGAAAAUCUCGUGGACCUCAGGGGCAAAGUACCUGGAAUUCUUCUAGAAGACGUAAAAAAGAAGAAACCCGACUCGGACGAACAGGUCGGCAAGAAGGUUGACCCUUCUGACGCGGCAGAGGCAUCAAAGGCUGCAGAUGCUGCCGCUGACGAGCAGUCAAUGGCGAUUGCGAACAAGACGAUUGGAGCCCAGGUUGAUGCGCUGCUUGCUCGACUACCGGACCUGACCAACAAGGAAGCCAUUGAUCAGACCGCCAUUGAUUUUUGCUUCCUCAACUCCAAGGCUUCCCGCAACCGACUCGUCAAGGCUCUGACAGACGUUCCCAAGGGCCGCGGCGACUUGCUCCCGAGUUGGUCGAGACUUGUUGCUACGCUCGGACAGUACAUGCCUGACAUCCCUAAAGGCCUAGUCGAGCAUCUUGAUGCCGAGUUCCGCAGCCUCCAGCGACGGAAGGAAAAGGAAUUCCUGGGCCAAGUCAGACUUGGCAACAUCCGAUACCUCGCUGAACUGACCAAGUUUGGCAUUGUACCAGAGCAUGUAGUCUUCCAUUGUCUAAAGGUCAGCCUCGAUGAUUUCUCUCGGAUGAAUAUCGAGAUUAUCUGCAAUCUCCUAGAGAACUGCGGACGAUAUCUGCUGAGGAACCCCGAAACCUCGCCCCGCAUGAUGUCCUUUCUGGAAACGCUUCAGCGGAAGAAGUCUGUACAGCACAUUGGGCAGGCCGAGAGAAUGCUCAUUGAGAACGCCGUGUACUACGUCGAUCCUCCGCAGCGGCCGGCCAUUCAGCAAAAGGAGAGGACGCCUAUGGAGCUCUUCAUCCGUAAGCUGAUAUACAGUGACCUGACGAAGCGCAACUACAGCAAAGUCCUCAGGCAGAUCCGCAGGCUUCACUGGGAAGAGAAAGAGGUUGUAGCGAUUCUGCGCAAAGUCUUCUCCAAGCCUGGAAAGAUCAAAUACGGCAACGUCCACCUCCUUGCCAUUCUACUGAGCGCUAUGUACAGAUACCAUGCCGACUUUGUCGUUGGCGUCAUUGACACCGUCAUCGAGUCGAUAUUGUUUGGCCUCGAACAGAAUGACUUCAAGUUCAACCAGCGCCGAGUUGCCGAGGUUAAGUAUCUCGGGGAGCUUUACAACUACCGAAUGCUGGAGCAUCCAGUGAUUUUCGACACCAUGUACAGGAUCAUGACAUUUGGCCACGGAGGACCCCCAGUUCCAGGACGCGCAAAUGCAUUUGAUCUCCCGGAUGAUUUUUUUCGCAUUCGCUUGAUCUCCACGGUUCUCGAAACGUGCGGGAUGUUCUUCAACAAGGGGGCUGCAGGAAAGAAAUUAGACUACUUUCUUUCCUUUUUCCAGUACUACAUCUACACCAAGAACCCGCUACCCAUGGACAUAGAAUUCCUCGUGCAAGACAUUUUUGCCCUUACGAGGCCGCAGUGGAAGCUAGUAUCGAACCUGGAAGAAUCCUACAAGGUCUUCCAGCUGGCUGUUACCCAAGACCAAAAAACAUCUGGUCUCGACAAGGGUGUUGAGCAGGACGACAAAACGAGCGAAACGUCGUCUGACGGAGAUGAUGGAGGUGAUCUAGCGCUUGUGGAACACGACGAUGAUGACGAGUCAGCCUCAGACGAUGGAGAGGCAGAGGAAAAUGAACAGAACCAUUCCUCGUACGGCAGCGAGCCUGAGGAACCGGCCAUCGUCGUCACCAGACAGGAGGAAGAGAUUGAUCCCGAGGAUGAAGCGGACUUCGAGCGUGAGUAUGCGAAGAUGAUGGCUGAAAGCUUGGAGUCACGGAAAUUCGAGCGCAAGCAACAAUUCGACGUUCCGCUGCCAGUGAGGUCGAAGGCGCGCGAAACCAAUGCCGGUGUUGAGGCCGUUGGGGAGAGUACUGCGGAGCCCAUUAAUGGAACGAUGGCCUUUUCCUUGUUGACCAAGAGGGGAAAUCGUCAACAGACUCGGACGGUUGAGCUGCCUUCUGACUCGCACUUUGCCAUCGCCAUGAAAACUCAGCAGCAAGCCGAGAAGGAGGAGCAGCAACGUAUCAAGAACCUUGUGCUCAACUAUGAUCUGCGCGAGAACGAGGACAACGAUGGUGAACAUGACUCGAAACCCCUAGGCGCCAAUCCCAAUAUUUACAAUGCAUCUCGUUUAGGUCACGAAAAGCCUAGUACUUAUCACCAAAGUCGCAUUGACCCACGAACGGGCAAAGAGAGAAGUGGACAGCGCGUCCGCAAGCUCCAACUCAGCGACGUCGAUUGGUAUGGUAUCCCCGAGCGAACUCCCCCUUGCGAGCCGGUAUCGCGGACUGGCGUAAGCCCGCUGCUGGCUCAGCGGUCAAUGAACAGAGCCACCAGAGCGUCUGAGUGUUUGCCUAGACUUGGCACAGUAGAGAAGAGCAAGACUGGCAGUCAUCGCACGCACUCUCAUUCAGGUGGCCGUCAGCGAAAGUGAUUUCGGAACCGGCUUUGAAGGACAUCACC